UGAUGCCAGUAUGGUCGCUACAAUAUUGUUUUAAUUGUGUGCAGGCGCUGAGGUGUGUCCGCGCUUAUUUCCCCGAGUCCAUUUGGUGAUCUGCACGCAGGGCGCCGCGCCGCUCGGGGUUUUGUGGCUCGUCUGAUGGGAUGUUGGGCCCGUCGCGCUGAUUUGUAGGUGAAGUCACUCCCUCGGAAAUGUAGCUUCGGGCUGCAACACUGGAAGAGCUCUCACUAAAGGCGCUGCUGUGUGAACGAUGCAUGAGCGAUGGCUGACGUCGAGGCCACGUACGCAGACUUCAUCGCCUCCGGCAGGACGGGACGUAGGAAUGCCUUGCACGACAUCCUGCAGAGUCCCACUGACCCUGAGGGUCGAGAGCUCCCCCUCACCCUGUCCCUGUCCCAGCUGCACAUCAACGCUGGCGGGGGAGAUGGAGACGACACCGCGGACAGCCAGAGCUCCUCCACCACGGCCCAGAGGGAGGCGCAGCAGAGGAACAGCUAACCCGCCACGCGCUCCUGCCAGGGAACGGCGGGUUGCCGGUUCGAUCCCCGCCGCCACCAUGAGGGCGUCUCUCCAAUGCCAGCUGGUGACUGGAGGGUAGCUGGCGUUGCGGUUGCCCACCCACUGCUGCUAUGGUGCCCAUGAGCAAGGCACCGAACCCCAAUCCACUGUAGGGGCGCUGUGCUGCGGAUCACCCAGUGCUCUGAUCUGUCUGUGGCUCUGCUAUGCACUGGAAUAACAGGCUGUGUUUCAGAGUCGGGGGUUACACGCAAAAGACGGAUUUCUGUUGCUCUUUGAAAGGGACACGAGGAUGAUUUUACUUUCAGUCUUAUUUAUUAAAUAGGCAGCCCGGCCUAAUGUGGGUAGCUGUAGGAAAGCGAUAUAGUUGAGAAUAACAUCUAGCAGAGAGCUUGUGCAAGACUAUCAGUUUUAUUUUAUAGUGUGAGCCAUUUGUAAGACUACUGCAAUGUAAUGAAGUCAUAAUGGAAGAUGUUUGUAGAGGUAGAGAUGCUGAUAGAGAGCAAUCUAGAUCUGGCACGAUUUUUAUCACCAGUUAAUGGCUUGUUCUUCCUUUAAAUUGACAAUACUGUAGAGAGAAUAGGACCACUGGACUGUACAGGACCUGGGCAAAGAAGCAGUUUCAAAUAUUUAAAUACCGGGGGGACAACAAAGGGUACACUUGACUUUUUCCGCAUCUAUAGAAACGGCAAGUUCAGCAUGUAGGCUGUGGCAGUGUUUGGUGAGAGAAAAUCAGUUGCUCUGUACAUUCAUAUGUGUGAGGUCGGGCUGUGCUGUAGAGGGCAGAUGAUGGUCUGAUAGUGCCCGUUUUACCGCAACAAUACUCACUUGUGUUUUUUUUUGUUUUGUUUUGUUUUUGUGGGGACGCUGAAAAUAUUCCAGAGAUUCACCAGGAAUCAUACUGGACAGAAUGCAUGGGUGACAGAUUUCAAGGGUUUAAUCAGUUUUUUAACAUCAAGCUGGGUUUUGCUUUGUUUUGUAUUGUUUUUUUUUUUUGUUUGUUUUUUUAAUGAUUUUUAGCCCUUUUAACGACUUUACUGUAAGCAUUUCACCAUGUACCAAACUGUACCGAAUUAGUGUGAAGUUUCUAUCUCUGCUGUUGAGUCUAAACCUGGUUCCUGCUGACUUCAAAUACAUAAUGAGAAGCCUAAUUGCCCACCUAACAGGCCAUCAAAUGCCAUGCAUGCCAAAACACACCAUUAAUGCAGUGUGUAUUUCAUCAUUUUCCCCCUAAUUGUUGCCAACUAUAAUCAUGAAUAUUGCCGCUUUUCUGUGUCUCAUUGUUCUCGUCCUAUAAUUUAAAUGUCUUCCCAAAAGAGGAAUUGUUGUAAGGGGAUUAUAACUCAUUUUGAUAUUCACUAAGGUUUUCAAAACGUCAACUGCCAUGUGACUGUAGUGAAUUUCACCAACUGUCUAUAAUUCAGCAUGUAGAAAUAUGACAGGUGCAUGACUUGGCAAAGUGUUUUGGUGUUCUGUCUGAUCAUCUAUGACCGUUUUUCUACUCCUCAUGCUGAAUAAUGUAGAAUAAAUAACCGAUGACUGUUCAGUGA